UCCAGUUUGGUGAAAACCCCGACCGCCCCUUUUGUUUUCCCCUCCUUCCUUCGUGUCUUUGAAUGAUGACUGGAAUGCGGCGAAACUGCAUUGCUUUGAUUCCUAGUUUGGUGAAGAUUCCGCCGUCCAAAGCUCUUUCUCUAUUCAAUUCAUCCAUGACCAAUGAUUUCCAGCACAGCUACCAAUCCUUAGCUAUCAUCCUGCAUCUUCUCGUUUCCUCCGACAAGCAUUCCGACGCCCAAUCCCUCCUCCUCCGACUUCUCUCCGGCCGGAUCACCUUCCCAUCUUUCAACCUUUCCUCUCUUCUCAACUCACUAACCGAUCCCCACUUUGCCCUCGUACCCCAUCAUCAAGCUCUUCUCUUCGAAACAAUCAUCUCCUCCCAUGCUCGAAUGCAAUUGCACGACCCCUGCUUGUUCUAUCUUAAGAGAAUGAUUGAAAUCGGUCUGCGCCCCUCUUCCAGAACUUUUAACAGUGUUCUGUUGUGUAUUCUCAGGUCAAACGAAUUGGAGAAAGCUUGGAAACUUUUCAGAGAGUUUAAGAGUAGUAAUAUGGUGGACCAACACAGUUUUGGGAUAAUGAUCAAGUAUUGCUGUGAGAUUGGUUCGUUGGAUAAAGCUUUUGAGAUCAUGAAUCAGUUGCAGGAUUCGGAUUGGAAAGCGAACGUGGUUAUCUACACUAGUUUGAUUGAGGGGUGUUGUAAAGAAGGUGAGAUUGACAGGGCGAAGGAGUUGUUCAAUGUUAUUGGGCAGCUAGGUCUUGUUCCUAAUCAGUACACUUACACUGUCUUGAUCAAUGGUCUUUUCAAGAAUGGGCUUAGGGAGGAUGGGUUUAAUCUGUACGAGAAGAUGAAGGUCGAUGGAAUUUGGCCGAAUGUUUAUACCUACAAUUGUAUGAUGAAAGAAUAUGCAAACACCGGCCAAAUGGACAUAGCCUUCCAACUGCUCGAUGAAAUGCGUACAAGAGGUGUGGCAUGUAAUGUUGUGACGUACAACACUUUAAUUUGGGGGUUUUGCCAAGAAAUGAGAGUUUCAGAAGCUGAGGAAUUGUUGGCAACGAUGAAAGGAGCUGGGAUGGAACCUAAUCUCAUCACUUACAAUACCCUAAUGAAUGGCUUCUGUGAAACCGGAAAAAUGGAGAAAGCUUUGAGUUUAUUUGAACGAAUGAAAUCUCUAGGCCUAUUGCCAUCUCUGGUUACCUACAAUGUACUAAUUUCAGGUUUCUCAAAAGCCGGAAAUCUACAAGUUGGUGAAAGAUUGAUGUUAGAGAUGAAGGAGAGAGGCAUCCCCCCAUCUAAAACAACAUACACAAUCCUUAUUCAGUGUUGUACACGAUCAGGUAACAUGGUUAGAGCAAUCGAGUUAUUUCAUUCCUUGAAGAAAGUUGGUUUAUCACCAGAUAUUCGAACAUUUGGCGUAUUGAUAAAUGGAUGGUGUAUGAAAGGAAAUAUGAAGGAAGCAUCAAAACUAUUUGAAUCAAUGAAUUUUGAACCAAAUGAUGUGAUUUAUAACAUGAUGAUACUUGGGUAUUGCAAAGAAGGUAAUUCCUAUAGAGCUCUAAGGAUGCUUAAUGAAAUGGGUCAAAAAGGAAUGGUUCCAAAUUCCACUAGCUAUUCGAUGACAGUUGAAAUUCUUUGCAAAGAUGGGAAGUUGGAAGAUGCAGAUAUUAUUCUUAAAGAUAUGAUGAAUUCAGGUCAUCAACCUCCCAUCUCAAUCAAAAAUCUUAUGUCUGAAUGUAAAGUCUUUAGUGGAGGUUGAAGAAGAAGAAGAAGAAGCAAUCAAUGAUUAAGAUUGAAAAUUACUUGAAUGUUGGUGGUUAUUCUAAUUGCUACGACCGAAAUAUGAGGGAAUUUGACGUAAGCAAUUCAGAUCCAACGGCAGAGAUGAGUUGGGGUCCCACGGAGGCUUAUCUGUUUCCUGUGAA